AACACCACCUAACUUUUCCUUUUCUUUUUGCUCUCCUAUCUCCUCCGAAACCCAAACAGAAAAUCCGUUGCUGCUUUGAGAUUCUCUGAUCCUCAAUUUCUCAUCUAACUUAUCUAAAAUCCACAUUUGACAAAACCCCAAUAUGGGGAAUGCCCUGAGGUUACUCUAUGGACAUUGUUGCAAGCCCACUACAACAGGGGACUCGGAAUCAUUGGGACCCCACGGCGUGUCUGCGGCCACCGUCAGUGUUUCAGCUCUUGCCCAAGAUUUGUUUAACUUUGAUAUCACCUCCCAGGUCCCCCAAGGGCUCAGUGAACAUGUGGUCUCUUCCAAGAAAGCUCAAGCUAACUGGUAUAGAAAGCUGUCAGAUGCAUGGAAAGAAGCAAAACCUCCACCAAGGACACCAGAAGAAGCUGCUAGACUUGUUAUUCAGACCUUGAAAAGACAUCAAACGGCAGAUGUUGAGGGAUUACUGGCUUUUUAUGGUCUCCCACUUCCUCAUACUCUUGUUCCACUUUCUACUGGGGUGCCAACAUCAUUACCCGAGGGGGUCAAGUUUGAGUUGCAGACUCUACCAGUGGAUGCAAAAGCUGUGCCUGAUGGAGACACAAUAUCUGUCUACGUUAGCACUGCUGAUCCUAGGGAGUCGUCCUGCGUUCCGAGGGAUGUUCAAAUGGCAGCUGUUCAAAGAUCAAAGGCGCGUGCAGAUAGGAAUUAUGAGAGAGCAGACGCACUCCACAAGAAAAUUAUUGACUCUGGAUAUAGGGUAAUUAAGGUUCAAAAUGAGGAGAUUCUUGCUCGAAAAUAUCGCAUUCGACUAAGGGGAAUAGAUGCACCAGAGAGUUCAAUGCCGUAUGGAAAAGAGGCACAGGAGGAGCUAGUUAAGCUUAUCCAGGGGAAGUGUCUAAGAAUCUUUGUUUAUGAGGAAGAUCGUUAUGGCCGUAGCGUUGGUGAUGUAUAUUGCAACGGCAUAUUUGCACAGGAAGUAAUGCUAAAGAAGGGGCUUGCAUGGCAUUAUACUGCUUAUGACCAACGAUUCGAACUGGCAACGUGGGAGAAAGAGGCUCGAGCAAAACGUGUAGGCUUAUGGGCUUCAUCGAAUCCUGAGAAGCCAUGGGAAUGGAGGAAGGACAGAAGAGAAGGCAGAUGAAAUUUUCUGAAUACGUUUGCCCUGAAUCACAUUGAACAUGCAUGACCAAAACCAGGGCUAUGAUGACCAGCAAGUUUGUGUUGAGGGACCCAAGGCUGCUAGAACAGAGAAAAGAAAGCAAACAUCUUUAGAACUCUACCUGCAAAUGGCUAGCCAAUUUAUUAUUUAUGCAGUUAUAAUUAAUAGUGUAUCGAAAAUCCAACUCCUACGUGUUAAAUAUCAGAGCGACUGAUUAUCUUUGCUAGAAUGAAAAUGUCAAUAUAAUCAUGCACUUUGAUAUGCAGAUAA